AUGGAAGUCUCAACUGUUAAUGAUGUUAAGAUUUAUAAUUUGAGUGCUGGAAAAAGUUUACCAGAGUGGAUGUCCUCAAGGGCUCGGCGAAAACUCGAACAAAGAAAUGCAGAUGUUCGGCAGAGAAUUCAAUUAAUUCAGGAUUUUGAAAUGCCUGAUGUCAGCACAACAAUAAACGUAACUCCGGAUGGUAAAUACGUGUGGGCAUCUGGAAAUUACAAACCAUGGAUAAAAUGUUUUGAUUUAAACAAUUUAUCCAUUAAAUUUGAACGUGGCUUGGAUUCGGAAGUCAUCAAAAUGAUUCCAUUAAGCGAGGAUUACUCAAAAGUAGUCAUUUUGGAGGAAGACAGAUGGAUUGAAUUUCACGCAAUGCUCGGAAGGUAUCACAGAAUGCGAAUGCCAUGUUUUGGACGAGAUAUGGCACUCUCCGAGGAGUCUAGUGAUUUAUUUUUAGUUGGCUCCAAAAGUGAAAUUUAUCGGCUAAAUCUGGAGCAGGGACAAUGGCUCACACCGUUCGAAUCUACUGCAACUUCAUUAAAUUGUUGUCAAGUUUGCCCAGAGCACCAAUUGUUCAUUUGUGGAACAACAAAUGGUAUUGUUGAAUGUUGGGACCAUCGAGACAAAUCGUUGUGUGGCACAUUAGAUUGUGGAACUCAUAUAAAUAAUUUGCUCGGCGAAUCUCAAAAGGUUGGUGUCACAUCUUUGUCGUUUUCUGAUCCUUUGCAUAUUGGAGUUGGAACAAGUACAGGACAUAUUCUUCUUUACGAUAUUCGAUCUCGAAAACCGCUUCUUGUUAAAGAUCAUAACAAUGAAUUACCCAUUAAAAAGAUGGAAUUUAUCAAAAAGGAUGACGGAAAUGUGGUUGCUUCAAUGGAUUCUCGAAUGCUGAAACUCUGGUAUGAAUCAGAUGGAUCUCCAAUGGCGGCAAUCGAAAAUGCAUGUAAUCUGAACGAUUUCUGUCGCUAUCCCAAUUCUGGAAUGUUCUUCUUCGCCAAUGAAGCUCCAAAAAUGCUUCAAUAUUUCAUUCCUCAAUUGGGUCCCGCACCGAAAUGGUGUUCAUAUCUUGAAAAUCUCACCGAAGAAAUGGAGGAAGCCGAGCCAACUGUCUACGAUAAUUAUCGAUUCGUCACCAAGAAACAGCUUGAAGAUCUUGGUCUUUCGGGACUUAUAGGCACCAAUGUACUCAGGGCGUACAUGCACGGAUACUUUAUCGAUGCGAGACUAUACAACAAGGCUCAGACUCAAAUGCAACCGUUCGCUUAUGAGCAAUACAAGGCAAAUAAGGUUAAAUCAAUUAUUGCUGAUGAACGAGAGCAAUCUGCAAUCAAAAAGAAGAGCGAUAAACUUCCAGCUAUUAACAAAGCACUCGCUGCACGAUUGCGAGAAGAAGCAGCACUUGCUGAAAAGAAAGCGCAGAAAAAAAAGGAGAAGAAACUCAGCAAGAAGGCGUCGGUGGCUUCUACACUUCUCUCCGACGAUCGUUUCAAGAAAUUGUUCGAGUCCGAAGAUUUCGAAGUCGAUGAGACGAGUGAGCAAUUUGCGAAAAGCGCGAAAAUUGCCGAAAAACUACGCGAAAAGGAAGUGGUCGCUGUCGAAUCGGAUGAUGAUGGAUCGGCAAGUGGCUCGAGCGACGAUGCAGAUGAAGAUCAUGAAAUAGAACUAAAGGCUCAGCCAGUUUGGGAGAAUGAUGAGCAAGCGCACGUAGAAGACGAUAUGGCGUCAGAUCUAGAAAGUUCCGAAUCUUCUGAUGAGGAGGCUGAUCAGUCGUUGAAGAAGAGACGCGCAAAAAUGAAGGCCGCUCGAAUUGCUGCGAAGAAUGAGGAAAAAGCACAGAAGUAUGAAGAAAGAAAAGCCGCAAAACAGGCACUCAGAGAACAACGCCAACUUUCGAAACCAUCGAAAUUUGUAUUGCAUACGAUUGGUUCGGGAGAAACAACCCGCAAAUUUGUCGAUGAAACGGUGGCUAACAGCGCGAAUUGUGACGAUGUCGAGUCAGCGGUCGCGUUGGGAAGUCGAAAAGCCUCUAUUGUCAAGAAGAGCCGAAAAGAGCGCACGAAUGAAGAUGAUGUGCCAUUCGGUGGACGCGAAAUGACAUUUACGAUCAGCAAACGCGACAAAGAUUUAAGAGCUGAAAAGGCUAAAGAGAAACAGGCAGCUCAUGUUGAAGAACGUAAAGCAGUGACACGGCGACCGAACGCAAGAGUCACAAAGGGUCUCAAGAAACUGCCUGGUAACCUGAACGUUGGCAAGCGACGCGGUCAGAACAUGUUUUAG